GAGCAUCUUCCCCAUGGGCGCCCCAGACGGCUUCGAGGAUCGGGGACGGGGCCGGCCGGCGCCGGUCAUCUUCCCGCCGGGCCCCGCGGCGGGCAGCCCGGGCGGGCUGCCGGCGCAGGCGGCCCCAGAGAAGAAGGAGGAGAGAAGAAGUCCAAGAAGAAGUCCAAGAAGUCCGAGAAGGAGGAAUCGACACCCGCCCCCGACCCACCGGACGCCGCCCCGGUCGUCGCCGCCGCGCCAGAGGGCGACGCGGGCAGCUUGGGGGCCGCGGCUGCGGCCGCGGCCGGGGAAGUCCAUGCCGCUCAGACUCGACGGGGCCGGAGCAGGCGGGGCUGGAUGAUGGCCCGGCGCCGGCGCCAGGCCGCGACCGCCUCCGGAAGGACACUCCGUUCCCGAAGGCCAAGAAGGCGAAGGCCAAGAAGGCGAAGGGGAGGCGCGCGUUCUGCUGCUGA